CUUUUUUUUUUUUAUUUUUAUGCCAUUGGAUACUUCGUUUUCUAGUGAUCUUGAUGCUUACCUUCAAGCAACACGACAACGGAUGCAUGGUGCUACUAACUUAGAACUAGACGACAACAAUCAUGACAGUGAACAGAUCUCAUCAACAGAAUACGACCGAUAUCUCUACAAUGCAGAUCGUGAUAUUUGGUAUGAUACCCAGACAAAUACUUAUUCCAAAUAUGAUUCAACACGACAAAUUUAUAUACCAGUGUCCAUGGCACAUGAGAACGCUAUGAUCAAUGAUUCUUCUCAACAACAAGAUGGUGAAAGUGGUGAUGGUGACGAACCUGAAUCGGAUGCGACAUGUCGAUUAGUUGUAGUGUCUUCUACGGUGAUUCCUGUGGGUCAAGUGAUAUUAAUGGAUGCGAAUGGCAUGACAGUUGGACGAGACAAACAUGAAUGGGAUACAAGACGACUUCGUUUACGUGAUAUGCAAGUAUCUAAAUACCACUGUCAGUUUUAUUACGAUCAAAAAAAAGAUACUUUUGCGGUGACAGAUGUUGGAUCUCAAAAUGGUACAUUCUUGAACGGACAACGUCUCUCUCCUGCCAAGCAAAGUAGUACACCUUUUGACUUGAAACAUUUGGAUCAAUUAGACAUUGGUGUAACAGUGCUCCAGGUACAUUUACAUGAUCAUGGAUGGCCUUGUCAAGAAUGUCAAACGUCAGCUAUCAAUCCUCCUCUUCAAACUACAGAUACCUCCUCCAUUACUGAAAAGAAAUCUCCUGAGAAAUCACCUAUGAUCAAGAAAGAAAAUCCAAAUAAGCAGUGGAAACGACGUUUACUUAAACAAUCAGAUGACAAUGAUCGAUCUACACAUUAUAUUGAUCGUGCUCAACUACGGCGAGAACGCACAACAACAAAUUCAGAAGAUGAUUACCAACGUGAUUUUACGGCGUUGAUUGAUGUACAUACUCCUGUUCAAGGCAAAGGAUACGACAUGUUACGCAAAAUGGGUUGGCAACAUGGACAAGGCAUGGGAUCAAGUGAACAAGGAAUAGUAGAACCUUUGACUCCAACAACAUCGGUUUAUGAACGUGCAGGGAUUGGUGCUUUAUCGAUGAAAGAUUGGCAAUAUCAACAAAUGAAACAACGCUAUAGUUCCAAAUAGAAAACCAUUCAUCUUAGUGU